CAGAAAGAAGAAAUAAACAUUUACAGAAAUACAUGAACUGAUAUUCAUCAACAAUGCUUGCCAAAGAUUAGACAAGUAAAACAGUCUUUCAAGCAAUUCCUUGAGUAGUCUGUGCGCAUUUUUAUUAUCCUGCUGCCUCAUUUCUUAACUUUUCUUGAUUCCCAGCCUCUCGUAAUUAAAUUAAUUGAUGUAUCAUGGUCCAUUGUCUACACUGCGGCCAUGAUCACCAGCAGAGGGGGUCAUUACAGAGCAGCAACAACCCGCCGAGCGUCCACUGAUGAUGAGGUACACUUCCAUGGUUCACAGCCUGGACUGGAUGUGGCGUUCAAGUACUGUUGCUGUGCUUGUAAUCUCAACAUACAAAAAAAAAAGAAAAAAGCAGGCGCCUCACGGUACAAGACAUAAACAAAACAAAAAGCGACUCAUGAAUGAAUACAUUUGUGUGGUUGACGUGUUUAAAUGUCUCACUCUAUAUUACUCUAAAUACUCUGAACACCGAGCAGUCCCACUCGUGUAGCAACAACUCCCGAUGCCCAAACUUCCAACAGCACGUAAAGUAUCCGCUCUGUGCUGCUCGCAGUGAUUGACACUUUCUCGGCUCGCUUUGUGCGUGGAUACCGAGCGGCUCACUGCUGCAGACUGCUCCCAAAAAGAAGAAGAAAAAAAAAAAAUCAAGAGCUCAGCUUCCAGACUGAUGCAAAAAAAAAAAAAAGUGCCAAACAGCCACGUCGCUACAGAGUGUAUGUUAGCUUUGAGCUAGCCAGCGCUAGCUAGUUGAUCAGCGGUCAGUGCAUGGCUACGCAGAGACCAGUGUUGACUCUCUCCCACGCAGACUCUUGACAUGGGGAGUAAAAUGUCCUUCAACAGAGGAAGCAGUGACCAAAAUACAGUCUCUGACUUAACUUCUGUGGCAUCGCAUCCUCACAAUUCUGUUCAUGCACCUUCGGACUGCAAGCAGAUACCCGAAGACAAGAGAUGCAGUGAGGAAGACCUGGACUCCAGGUGUGGAGAGGAAAUGAAAGCAACAGAACUGACUCAGCCUUCACUUGAAUCCCACUCAUCGGGGCACACAGAGUCCGAUGGCCUUGUUAACGCUGAAACAUUUGGUGGAACAAAUUGUCAACACGGUGAGCAUGUAUCGCCACAUGUAGGCAUGGAAGCAAAGUCUCAGACAUCUGCAAGUGUGUGCAGCUCUACAACAGACAGUCACGGACAGCCCGUGGGGGUCCGUAGAAAACGUGGGCGCCCUCGUAAAAAGAAUACGUUAAUGACUAACGACAAAGAAGAUCUAGCAUCUGCUGGUGUUGAUCCAGUUCAACAUGAGGAGAUCAGUACAACAAUACCUUUGCCAACAUGUUUAGAGAACCACAAAAGUGUUGAUGUGCCUAACGACGUAGAUGGUCCCUUAAUCAUCAAUAAUUCAACUCAUAAUGAGAUGUCUGGUCCUCAUACUGUGUCUGAUAGUAAAGUAGACGAGAGUGUCCCUGUGCUGCCAAAAAGAAGAAGAGGAAGACCAAGAAAAUCAGAAAUCGCAGCUUUUAAAAUGAUGGUUGCUAAGUCUGCUGCUGCCAGUCCUCCUGCUGCUUCUGCUAAUCUUAACACUAUAGGUCGUCCCACACGGAGACUGAGGAGUAGAGGAGAGCAACACCCUUCGACACAAGAUGGAGAGACUGAGUCUGAUAGCAAGGUAGACCUGAAAACUGAAACAACUCCUACAGAAAGUAGCAAUACGUUGAACUUUCAACGUCCGAAGAGAAGAAGGGCUAAACUGGACGGUCAGCAAGUUCCAGUUAAAGUUCCCAGGCUGGAUGUUUCCCAGGAGGCCUCGUCAAUAUUGAGAAACGAGGCAGGCUGUGAGGAGAGAGCAGAGGCUGAUAAGCAGGUAACACUAAACACUGAUAAACAAGAGGCUGAUACAAAUGGAAAGAGCAAUCAGCUCUCCCCACAGUCUGAAGAGGUACAAGAGCAGCAGACUAAACUAGAGGAGCGUGCAUUACCACAAAUACCACUGCUAUCCAAGCCAGCAACUGAGCAUGAAGUUAUUCCUUCAGAGAGUUUGAACAGUCUAAAAUUGGUAACUCAGAGUGAUGACUCUAUGAUAAAAGAGUCAGCUGACAGCGAGGCAUCUCAGUCAAAAAACAGCUCCGAAUCUCCAAAGAACGCAAUUUUACAGAAUAUAGAGCCCUCUAACAAAGAUGAUGUAACAUCCUCUGAACGACCACCUAAACCUGCUGAGAUCCUCCCAGCUGUCAAAGUGGAGAAUAUAGAGAUAGAGCUGGAUCAUUUAAAUCCCGUGUCAGAGCCAACUAGUUGUACAUCUUUACAGUAUAAUGACAACACCACAGUUAGAUCUGAGGUCCCUAACAGUCAGAGAACCACUUUCAGGCGCAAGAGAGGCGGCAAGAGAAGGAGAAAAACUGUUAUGUUACAGAAAACGCAUCCUGUAGAGGGCCAUGAAGGCAGCGAUGACACUCAACAAAAAAUAGACUGUGGUGACGUGAAUAUGGCCAACUUGGAUGACAAAUCAUCUGUCACCUACACCGAAAAGGGGGGAAAAACUCUGUUGAAAUGUGGUUACUGCGGUCAUACAUUUAAAUUUCUGUCUCAGUUCGUCAUCCAUCAACGCAUCCAUACAGGAGAAAGACCCUUCAAAUGCCCUGAAUGUGGCAAAGGGUUUAGCAAAAAUUCAAACUUAAACCUGCAUCUCAAGACGCACAGAAAAAGCAACAUAUAUCAAAAAUGUCCGUUUUGCAAGAUUAAAUUCUCUUGCUCCGAGUACCCGUCUCAUAUGAAGAUGCAUGAAAAUGUGCUGGACCAGGAGUCCGAGAACAAGAAAUGUGAAAAACGCAGCAGAGGGACUGACCAUGAAAACAGUCCUGGAUCACAAAGACAAGUUUCCUCAGAGAAAAGAGAAAGAAAAGUUUGCCAGUACUGUGGUAAAACAUUCCCGUUUCAGUCUGCGCUCAUUAGACACGUGCGCGUCCACACCGGAGAGAAGCCUUAUAAAUGUGACAUCUGUGGCAAAGCUUUCGGUCAGGCCUAUUUCCUUCGUGUGCACGAGUUGACACACUGGUCUGUGAAGCGUUACAACUGCACACGUUGCGAAAAAUCUUUCACUCAUUACAGCAAUGCAAAAAAUCACACCUGUAGACCACCGGAAAGCAGUGAGGAUUUCCAACCCAACAGACGUGUGAAGCCUUCACUAACGUACACGUGCCACAUCUGCAAGAAUAUUUUUGACCACCUGCAGGAGUUCAACAGCCACAUGAGAACCCACACGGGUGCAAAGCUUUAUCGCUGCUUGUAUUGUGACAAGCUGUUCGGCGUGCUGUCUGAAUUUAGCUCGCAUCGCAGCCAGUGCAGAGGAGAGAGAAGCGCCUCCACUUCUACAAUAAAAGAAGAGGAGACAAUGUCAUUAAUACAGUACACAGUGCCUGCACUCAGAUGUUCAUCAGGACAGAUAGCGGCUUCUCCUCUCAUGGCUGCAAAUUGUGAAACGCAAAAGAAAAAGCCGCAGACCAGCCGCAAGAAACGUUCCGCUAACUUAAAGAAACCGUUCCAGUCAACAGUCAUACCGGCUCACCCUCUCUCACACCUCGUGUCAAAGUUAAACAAACUAGAUAACCGGUCAGACCCCAGGAAAUAUUUAUGUCCAAGCUGUGGGCGACUGUUCAGACACAUGGGCAGACUCCGAGCGCACAUGCUCACUCAUGCCCCAGGUCAAAGUUACACUUGUGCCUGUUGCGGUAAGACUUUAGAAAACUGGAAAAAACUGUGGCAUCAUCAGAGAAUCCACAGACAGAGACGCGGACGUUUCACUUGUUCCCAGUGUGGGCAAGGUUUUCGGUUUGUAGAGCCAUACAAGAAACACAUGAGCGAGCACCCGGAGUUCCAGUGGAUUCAGGUCAGGCCCAAGAAAGUGUUUUUGCCUUAUCAAUGUGACCAGUGCAGAUGCAGCUUUAAGACUCUGGAUUUGCUGUUCAAUCACCAGCUUUGCCAUUCCUCAACACAAGAAACGCACAAAGCCUCCGAUUUCGAUUUAUCCAUAGAUGAUCAUACUCAACAGCCCAGCAAGAAAAUGUUUAGCCCACCCACAAACAACCAUGUGGUGACACUAGGUCCAGAAGAUCUUGAGGAAAACACCUCUCCUGUGAGCUCUUUAUCCAAAUAUUCAGACUCGAAUCAGGGUCUUGAUUUGGGUAAAACCCAUCACCCCAGCAGCACACAUUCAAUCAAAGAGAACGAAACCAGUCAUGACAGAACAGAUGAAAAUGCACUUGGAAAACUCAUUACUCCGUUGAGAACUGUGAAAAGACACAUCACCCAAAACGCUAGCAUAUCAAAUGAAGGGUCCUCGGAUGGUGUUCAGUGUGCCGUGUGUGGGAAUACAUAUCCUGCUAUUUCAGACCUUUAUCACCAUUAUUUGCAGCAUGCAAGAGGCCAGCUGUAAUAACCUGGACGGAGAUUCAGUUCCUUCUAUACGCAAAUCUUUUUUUUUUUUUUUUACAUUCUAUUACAUGGAGGUCCUGUAGUCCUAGAUUAGAAGAUGUAGAAACAUUGUUGACAUCUUUAACACAGUUCGGGAAGCUGACACGAAAAGGAUUCGGAAGAUUUGUUUACAGUCACAUAUUCAACCUGUCAUGCCUGUCACUGAAUGUACAAAAUAAUAAAAGGACACCUUAUGUUUUUGUUCAAGUUUGUGUGGUAACUUCAAGCCACAAACUUUUCUUUAGGUUCUACAUUUUCUAAUUUCUGUUUAUCAUAAAGAACAAGAUGAGAUAGGUAGAGAAAACUGUAACACAGGUGGAUUGUGCCAAAGGAGACUGCAUCAGAAAGAUAGCCCAAAUUAUUUGGUACAUUCAGUGCAUUAAUGCUGAGCCCUGGGACAGUAAUCAGCAUUUUAAACUUAUGGAAUUAUUCUGUAUGUAAAUGACUGAUCAUGGAAAACGAGUUUGAUUUGAAAAUAUAUAUACAUGUGAAAUAACCACUGAAACGUUUUGAGCCCUCAUUCAUCCUUCUCAUGUUGUUAUAAGUCCCCUGCACAUGGAGCAUGGCACAAAAUCACCAGCUGAUCAGAUUAAGUUCAUUAAUCAUGAAUUAUGAAUCAUGAAUUUGGCUGAACUGACAAAGAACUUGUUUGUGCAGAUUUUUCAUUUAACACUUCUGAACUUGUCAAAGCCAAUCAUUUGAAUCACAGCUGUAUAAACAAGAAUGUUUUGUGUGUGGGUUUUUUGUUGUUGUUGUUGUGUAUGUUCAUGCAGGUCUUUUCUUGGCUUAUACACAUGAAAGUGAAACUGUUACUCAAAAUGUUUCAGAGGAAGUGUACUGAUUUCAAAUCUGUUUUGUUCUGCUCUCAUGUAUCAGCAUUUUGUAUUUAAAAUGUUAUAAAAGUGAAUAUCAGCUUUUGUCAUGCACAUGUUUGUCAAGGAGUUUGCUCUUUUUGUGGACUUGGCUGAAAUCAAGUGAAUUUUCUAUAAAGAAAGACACUAACAAACACACAUUCCACACCUGAAAUAUGAAGUUCAACAGGAGUGUUGUUGAACAUCCGUUAUUGUUUACUUAUUUUGAAAAACUACAUUUUCAUGCUUCAGUGUCAGGCUUGAUUUAGAUGGAAUCAUGAAAAAGAUGGACACUCUGCUCUGUUGUACAUGAUUGUAUGCUAUAGUUUUGUCUUAAAACCAAUAAAGGUCACUUUUGUAUAGA